AUGAGAAUAAGCAGCCAGCAAGCAUAUGCUGGUGGUGUUUUCGUUGGUGUUAUGAGAAUGAUUGGAACGGUUUUCAAAGUCUUGCUUUGUUUCUUCGCCAUUUAUCGAUUGCUGGCUUGGCCUCCACUCCAUUGGUUUUACGAUCCAGUCUCACAUGCUGGUCCUGGUACGAUAUACAUUCCUGGAGGUGGAUUCAGUGGCUUUUGGUUUCACCUUGGAUACUUGCAGUCCAUGAAAGAUUUACAUGAAUAUGAGUACUAUUGCUUUUCUUCUGCUUGCCUAGGCAUUCUAGCCGUCUUGAUGGACCACACAGCAGAUGAUGUAAUGGAUGCCGCCCUCCUUGCGCAAGAAAGGUGGCAAGACAACCACAUCUCUCGCUUUGACUUGGUCGAAAACUUUUUGGAAACCUUGGUGCCCACCAGUGAUGAUGAUUCCCAUGACCAAGAACAACUCCAACAAAUAUUGUCAAAGAUUAAGAUAUUAGUCACUACCACCGAGAAUGGAGUGGAAGUAUUACAAGCUACCAAUCGAGACGAGUUGCUUGACCUAAUGAUUAAGACAACAUGGGUUCCAGCGUUGACGGGAUGGGGGUUCUUGACUGACCACAAAGACGUUUACCUGGACGGUGGCUUUUCGAGAUAUUUGCACCCAGACUGCGAAUAUGUCCUCGAAUUACCAAUGGUAUGGGAAACACUGGUGCAUACCUUUACUCCCAGUCUGACCCGAGAAACCAUUCGGGAACUCUGGAAUGUUGGAUAUGAAUACGAGUAUGGAUUUCAAGGACUUUCCAAGCAAGCAAAAGAAGGGUUUCUGAUCACUAACGACGACGACGACGAGGAGAUAUAUCUUCAACGAGAACGCAAUGAUACACAACACAAUGAUACUUCUUGCCGUUCGGAAACUAUGGACUCUGUACAAUCGUCAAGUUUACUGCAAAUGAUACAGUGA